AUGCAGAGGAAGAUAAUAUCAGUUGCAACUUCAAUAAUCGAGGAAGCAGUGGCAGAUUCUCUGGAAAAGAAUUUCCCAGAAAGUAUAGGAAUUGCAGAUUUGGGAUGUUCAUCUGGACCUAACACUUUAAUGGUGAUAUCAGAAAUCAUAGAUAAAGUGUAUGCAAUAACAAAUAAAUUGGGCAGCCCAUUGCCGGAGUUAAGGAUUUCAUUGAACGAUCUUCCUGGCAAUGAUUUCAACAACAUAUUCAUCUCCUUGCCGGAGUUCUACAAGAAACUGAAAAUGGAGAAGAAUAUUGGGCAAGAGGGGUGCUUUAUAUCAGGUGUGCCUGGCUCAUUUUAUGGAAGGUUGUUUCCUAGAAAGAGUUUGCAUUUUGUUCAUUCUUCUUCCAGUCUCCAUUGGCUCUCUCAGGUUCCUCCAACUUUGGAAUCGAGUUUCCUCAAGCCUCUAAACAAAGGAAAGAUCUAUAUAUCAAAGAACACUAUGGCUUGUGUACUCGAUGCGUACUUAUCGCAGUUCAAGAGAGAUUUUUCGUUAUUUCUGAAAUCAAGAUCGGAAGAGAUGGCUGAUGAUGGAAGCAUGGUGCUGUCAUUCAUGGGCAGGGUCUCUGCAGAUCCCUCAUGUGAAGAGAGUUGCAUGCAGUGGGAGCUCUUGGCACAGGCUCUGAUGAGUAUGGCCUUAGAGGGUCGUAUUGAAGAAGAAAAGAUCGAUUCUUUCAAUGCACCAUACUAUGCUCCAUCUGCCAUGGAAGUAACGUCUGCAAUAGAAGAAGAAGGUUCAUUCACCAUUACUCGUCUGGAGGCCUUUGAGAUUGACUGGGAUGGGGGUGCUCCAAUCAACAAUAAUGUCCAUGAAAACCCUAAUACAAUUGAAAAAUAUUAUGUACCAAGGGGGCAACUAUUUUCUAAAACAAUUAGGGCUGUGGUUGAAUCAAUGCUUGAAUGCCAUUUUGGAAGAGAAAUCAUGGAUGAAUUGUUUAGAAGAUAUGGUGAGCUGGUUGAUGAUUAUUUUCUAAAAACUAGGCCAAGGAGCAUUGAUUUGGUUGUUUCUCUCACCAAAAGGGGUUCAUUGUAG